AUUUCUCUUAUUAUCUCUCAACUUUUCCGUGAACGCCAAAGAGAAAAUGUCAGAAUAAGUUUACUUAAGGACCUUGGUAUUUUGGCCAGACAUGCUCCUUAUCACUGGUCAAGGGAGCAUAUUAAGCAAUUAUGCUCACUUUACUGGCAGUUAGCCACAAAUCUAGACUCUGGUGGUAUCGAAAGGGGGGCGAUUAUAGAUGCUCUAUUUCAUCUCACACGAUCUUUUCAAGCUCUCAAUUUAUUAGAUGAUAAGGAAUCUGACGAAACAGAUGAAGCAGAGUUCUCUCAAAAAGUUAUGCAUAAAAUUUAUGCCGAUGAUUUAUUUCCUUCGCAUUCGGAUCCACGGGAAGACUUUUUAAACGAAUUAGAACUUGAAAAAGAUGUUACAUUUAAAGCCGCUUCGCCUGCUGAAUGUAUUCGCCACGCCAUUCUGGCCAUUCACUUUCGCCGCCCAUCCACAUGCUCACCUUGUCCUUACCUUCUAUGUCUGAAGUGUUUGGCUUUAGCCUGCCGCAUUUCUCUCAUUCUUGCCAACGCACUUCCUGAUUGUGCUGCCCUCGAUCCCCCAUCCUUGCAUGAUCGUGAUUCUUUGCAGGUGACGGACAUCAGAUCUCGCCUCCAGCUUAACAUGUCGCCUCUUCAAGUAGCAUGUCUCUUGGCCAUAAGCAUGUCUCCCUACAAAUCCUCUAAUGGUGAAGAUUCUGACUCAUUUCGCCAUUGGUUUUUAGAUGAGCUAAGUCUGACCACUCUUGAUCUAAAGGUAUUUAUGCAAUUCUUUACUUAA